GCGACAGCGGCAGCGCCUCUCCUUUCCUCUGGAGACUCGCUGGCCAAUCAGGACACCUGCCUGUCUGCACUCAGAGCAUUGAGACAAGUCAUACUGACCAGUAGAUCUCUACUGAAGGAGGAUAUACACAAGGUAUCCUCCUUCUGUACAGAGGCCCUGACCAUAUGCAACUCCCUCCUCCAUCCGCACAUCCCCUCCCUCUCUUUCCCCCUCACCCUCAAACCCCCCCAGGCAUCCAACCUCCUAGGGGGGCCCGCCCCCGGACCUCCCUUCCCCAGCUCCCUGGACAACCACCUACCUCUGGUUCUUCCAGGGCUCUCCGGCGGCCAGAGACCCGUUUUCAUCCUCUACGACAAAGAAGAGGCAUCGGAUGUGGAGAUUUCGCUAGAGAGCGAUUCGGACGAUGGUGUGGUCAUCGUGCCACAGAGGAUGCUGAUGUUGGAAAGCCAAGAUGGCACCAGCGCUGCGGCCACUCUUCCCGGGUCUUCCUUAGCACCAGGUGGCGUCACACUCCCCAUGCCCUGUCCAAGGGGCGACCCGGGUAGGGACAUCUCCCUCCCCCUUUCCAAUGACCUUCCCUCUACCUUCCUCCCUCACCCUCCCCUCCCCUCCUCCACCCCAAACUACACCGUCAACUUGUUCCCUCCAGCUCCGCUAGUCUCUCUGGUUUCCCCUCUCAACUCCACCGGUGUGGCCCAACUCGGGGAACCCUCUGUGGGGUUAGGAGUCGGGACUGACUCCCUGCCUGGAGCCCAGCUCCAGCAGAUGUUCCUCCAGGGCCAGCCUCCAGCACCAGGUCAACCUACAGCACUGGAUCUCCCCAUACAGGUUCACCAGAACCAGUUAGCCCAGUCCAGCAGAGCCCUACAGCAGCAACAUUAAUCCAUUGACGAAGAUCACACUGUCAUUCAUAUCAACAGCUCUGAUGAAGAAGAGGAGGAUGAGCUGGAAGAGGAAGAGAGCGAUUUCCCAGAUGAGGAUAUUUGAUGAUGAAGACCUUGAUGAUUAUGAGGCGGAAGAGGGGGGGAGAUGGAGGAUGAAGAAGAGGGAGAGAUUCGGCUGUUGGACGGAGGAGAGGCGGGAUGGGAGGACGAGAGGAAGGAGAGGUGCUCAGAGGGUAGGCGGAGGAGGGAGGGAUAGGAGGAUUCUGAGUGGAGAGCGAGGGGGAAGGAGGGAUAAAGGCUCAGGAGGUAGAGCGCAUCGGAGUGCUGGAGGAAGAGAGAGAGGGAGACGAGGAUGCCAAUGAAGGAAUGAAUGAUCCAACCAUGCCUCAGAUCCUGUGUGUGACGGGCGGAGCUCUGAGAGAGAGCUAGCUCAGGCAGAGCUAGAUGAGGAAGGGACCGGGCAUGGGCAGAAAGUGAGGUCAUGGGAGCAGAAGGGAGGCAUUCGGCCGGAGGGAGCGUCCUCUUCUGAAGACUGUCCUGCUGCUCAACACCAACAGGAGGCGGAGCCUGCACCUGAAGUGAGGGUGGAUGGUGACGAUCAGCCAUCCAAUCAGGAGGGAGAAAUAUCCAAACAGGGCGGCGACAAUACCGGACAGGAUAUGAGGUCAUCAACAGCUCCGAGGGAGAGCAAGGGAGAGGGGCCUGAACGAGACAAAGAAGGAGAGGAUGGGAGAGGGAUGAAGAGAGAGAGAGGAGGAAGGAACAGGACAGGAACAGAGAAGAAAAAGUUGGAUGAAGAAGCGAUGGCGUCCAUGCUAGCCGACAUCGUAGCCUGCCCUCCAGACAAUGUAGAAAAUGUGCCCUCUGCAUCCAACCCGCCCAUCCUAAACAAGGCCAGGCACGGCUCCAUCACAGUACCUACAGAACAACUCGAUUUCUAGCCCCUUCCAUAGUCUCACACAUUCUUUCAUGAUCAACAUACUGCUAAGACAAUGUUCAAAACAUCAACACACUGAGGCUGGGUUUAGACAGGCACCCCAAUUCUGAUCUUUUUUCCACUAAUUUGUCUUCGUUUUAUUUUUGUACAAAUUUUUUACAUCCCUUUUUCUUCCCAAUUUCAUGGUAUCCAAUUGGUAGUUCGUCUUGUCUCAUCGAUGCAACUCCCGUACGGACUCGGGAGAGGUGAAGUUCGAGAGCCGCGUGUCCUCCGAAAACACGACUCAACCAAGCCGCACUGCUUCUUGACACAAUGCCCGCUUAACCUGGAAAGCCAGCCGUACCAAUGUGUCGGAGGAAACACUGUACACCUGGUGACCGUGUCAGCGUGGAGUCUCUAGUGCUCGAUGGGACGAGGACAUCCCUGCCGGCCAAACCCUCCCCUAACCUGGACGACGCUGGGCCAACUGUGCGCCGUCCCAUGGGUCUCCCGGUCGCGGCCGGCUGCGACAGAUCCUGGACUCGAACCCAGAAUCUCGAGUGGCACAGCUUUGCACUGCGAUGCAGAGCCUUAGACCACUGAGCCACUCGGGAGGCCUCUCACUAAUUGGUCUUUUGACCAAUCACAUCAGAUCUUUUUCAGAGCUGAUCUAAUUGUUCAAAGGACAGAUUUAAUGAAAGAAAUAUCAGAACUGGGCUGCCUGUGUAAACACAGCCAGCCAUAGAGGUUGGAAUUAGAUCGGUCUUAAACGAUCACGUUUCGUCUUGAAUGCAGGACAGUAGAUGCAUUUGUAAUACAACUCUCUGGACUAAUAUUAUUUAAAAAACGCUUCAAUUAUUUUACAUCAAAACAUAAAGACUUUGCAGCUUGUACUGGUGUGUGCUGUGUUACUGAGUGGAGUAGUCGUGUGUUUUUGGACCUUUUUAUAGACAGUAUAUGACUUCUGUUCUUUUUGUUCUCCCGUCUUUUCUUACAAAAUAAACGUCAAAUGCAAACCUUUGAAACGGA